GCAGAAAGACCUACACUGGCAGCUCAAGCAACCUAAACAUCUGCUCCUUAUAGAAACCCCUUGAACUGCCCCCUUUUCCAUCUCCUCCUACUUUCUCUCUCACUCUUUCUCUAAACUCUCUCCCUCUCACCCUUUCUCUUUCUUAACUCUCUCCCCCUACUUAUCUUGGCUGCUGCAUUAUAACAAGAUCCUCAGACACAGACCAAUGCCUCCUUCACUGUUUCCUUCAACCAUCUGAAAUCAGGUUUAUUUACUGGCUACAGCUAUACAGCUUCUGAGCCUCAAGUUUGCCUGGAACCAGGAGAGCUUCUUUGCAAGCAAGAGGAGAAGAACGAAUUCGCAAGAAUAAGGAUCCAGAGAAAAAGGGAGAAAAGCGUCUAAUCCAAAGGAGGAGCAGAAAAAGCCAAAAUACUUUUUAUUGCUGGAGGACAUAUACUUAUUAACAGUAAAGUGUGACAGUCUGCUGCAUACAUGGCUUACAACAGGUGGGGGAUUUUGCUCUGUGCAUUUGUCUGCUUAUCCUGUGUUGUUGCUAAUAUAGAAAGAGUAAGGAAGAUCACUUAUGUGGUGCACCAUGGACCUCCUGGGAUCUAUCAGCAGCAGCACCCUGUACCUCUUAGCAAUCGUAAUAUCCUCGUAAGCAACAGGCAACCGAGUGGGAGCCAUGUGAACACUCAGGAAAGGACUCGCAGGAUGAGCAGAGUGACUUCCAGCUCUUCUUUGGUGCAUCAACCCCAGCAACUUGUAGGAGACAAUGCUGGCCAGUCUGUGAGCAAAGUGACCAGGCACUUAUCCUACUCCAGAAGCAGCCUGCAGCAGGACACACAGAGGAAUCCCAGCUUGCUGCAGCAGAAACUCCAGCUUCAGGGAGUUAAUGUUUGCGGAGGCAGAUGCUGUCAUGGCUGGAGUAAAUCUCCUGGGUCGGAGCGAUGUACAAAACCCAACUGUAGUCCACCAUGUCAGAAUGGAGGGAUGUGUCUGCGUCCUCACUUAUGUGUAUGCAAGCCAGGGACAAAGGGCAAAGUUUGUGAAGAAAGUGCCACCAAAGACACAUCUUCAACUGCUAAUGGAGGUCAUGGUCCAGGAUUUCCUGCACCUCCCUCUCGGCCUAUUCCUCAGCAGGCUGCCCCACAGACCUACCCGAAAAAGGUACAGGCCUCGCCAGAAUCCAGUCCAGUAGGACAAGUGACGUUGGCACUGAAGCAGAAACCACAUGUAGUCUUAUCUCAGCAGGCCCAGCAGCCACAAAUGAUUCCACCACAACCGUUAACAAUGAACCUUCAGCAUGGGCAGACUCAGCAAUUCAUGAUCAAGCCCAAGUACAUCUCUAAGUCCAAAAAUGCAUUUCUGGGUGAACAAUCUACAGAGGGUUCUCUGCCGCUCAGAGGAGGAUUUGACCAACCAGGAUCACAUUUCCUCAUGGGAAAUCAGACUGGACGUAUUAAGGUGGUCUUCACACCCAGCAUUUGCAAAGUGACCUGCACUAAGGGGCAUUGUCAGAACAGCUGUGAAAAAGGAAACACCACCACGCUCAUUAGUGAAAACGGCCAUGCUGCUGAUACCCUGACAUCGAGUAACUUCAGAGUAGUUAUUUGUCACCUUCCUUGCAUCAAUGGAGGACAGUGCAUCGCUCGAGACAAAUGUCACUGCCCCCCUAAUUUUACCGGCAAGCUCUGUCAGAUCCCAGUCCAUAAUGGCAACCUCCAGAAACCAUAUUCACAACAACAACAACAUACACUGAAGGCUACUGGUCCCCAUGUGAUUCACUCUACACAUACUUUGCCUCUAACUGUGACCGGACAACAAGGAAUUAAAGUGAAUUUCCCACCAAAUAUGGUCAACAUACAUGUCAAGCAUCCCCCAGAAGCCUCUGUACAAUUUCAUCAGGUGUCCAGAAUAGAGAGCUCCUCUUCUACACAGAAGAAGGACAGUCAGAUUGGACAAACUCAGAUCUCUUAUCAUGGCAUCCAGAAGCAUAAUUUACCACACAACGUGUAUCCACACCAGCAGACCAUACCCAAUGUGUAUCCAGUCUCUGCAAAAACCCAACUUGGACGCUGUUUCCAAGAAACUACAGGCACUCAAUGUGGCAAACCAUUGCCGGGACUUUCCAAACAAGAUGAUUGCUGUGGUACCGUUGGAACUUCUUGGGGAUUCAACAAAUGCAUGAAAUGUCCAAAAAAGACAAACUAUCCUGGUUAUUCCCAACUGAUGGAAUGUCCCCAAGGCUACAAGCGGAUCAAUGCUACCUUCUGCCAAGAUAUUAAUGAAUGCCGUCUGCAAGAUGUAUGUCCAAAUGGAGAGUGUCUAAACACCAUUGGUAGUUACAGAUGCACAUGCAAGCUGGGCUUUGUGCCAGAUCCCACAUUAUCUGCCUGUGUAGCUGAUAAUCCUUUGGUGUCUGAAGAGAAAGGUCCUUGCUACCGCCUUGUCAGCACAGGAAAGCAAUGUAUGCACCCUCUGUCUGUCCAGCUCACCAGGCAGCUGUGCUGUUGCAGCGUGGGCAAAGCAUGGGGACCCCAUUGUGAGAAAUGCCCCGUUCUUGGUACAGCUGCCUUUAAAGAGAUCUGCCCAGCUGGAAUGGGCUAUACAAUGCCAGUAGUACGAGUCCCACCACCGGCCAGAACUUACACUGUACAACCUCCAGUUAGAACAACCCGUACACCGGUCAUUACAAAGGAAGAACCUAUAGAAGCAUUAUCUGUGGCCGAAAAAAAUGAUCCUGAUGAGUCGGCAAAGGAAGAUUCUGCAUCAAAUUCUGAACAGGAACUUGUAACAUUAGAAAAAGACAAACAUAUAGUGGACCGUGGACAGCCUCAGCUUUCCCCUGGAAUUUCAACUAUUAACCUCGAACCUCAGUUCCCAGUUGUUGUUGAGAAAUCAUCUCCACCAGUUCCUGUUGCAAUUGCCCCAGAUGUUUCCACAUCAAGUGCAAGCCAAGUAAUUGCCCCUACUCAAGUCACAGAGAUCAAUGAAUGUGUCGUUGAUCCUGAUAUAUGUGUAGAGGGGCAGUGUGUCAAUCUCCCAGAAGGAUACACAUGUAUCUGCUUUGCCGGAUACAAGCUGAAUGAGGAGAGGACCAAAUGUGUUGACAUCAACGAAUGUGAAAUGGCUCCCUAUCGCUGCUCACAUGGCCGCUGCGAAAACAAUAUGGGCAGUUUUCUCUGCAUUUGCCCAGCAGGAUACAUGGCUAAUGAACAAGGAACUGAUUGUGUUGAUGUUAAUGAGUGCUUGCAGCCCAACGUAUGUGAGAACGGGCUGUGUAUCAACACUGCAGGCUCCUUCCGUUGUGAAUACUGUGCUGAUGGGUUCCGCAUGAACAGGCGAGGGCAGUGCGAAGAUAUUGAUGAAUGCCUGACUCCAAGCACCUGUCCUGAUGACAAAUGCGUUAACAAUCCAGGCUCUUAUGCCUGUGUUCCUUGUGCAGAAGGAUACAGAGGAUUAAAUGGAAGAUGCUACGAUAUCAAUGAAUGUCAAGAAGACUCAACAUUGUGUGCCAAUGGCGACUGCACUAAUCUUGCUGGAUCUUUCAAAUGCACUUGUCGAACAGGUUUUGAUGCAACCUCUGAUGGCAAGCAGUGUAUAGAUGUGGAUGAAUGUCAGCUUGGCAACUUAUGCUUGAAUGGCCAGUGCCACAAUACUGAAGGUUCAUUCAUGUGCUCCUGCAACCAGGGAUUCCAGCUGGCAGCAUCCAGGGAUCAGUGUGAAGAUAUUGAUGAAUGCCAGCAUGCAAAUCUAUGCAGUCAUGGUCAGUGCAGAAAUACCGAGGGGCAUUUUACAUGCAUAUGUGAUCAAGGUUACAAAGUAUCGCCUGCUGGAGACCAGUGUGAAGACAUAGAUGAGUGUCUGGAAGAAGAAGAAGCUUGCCAGGGAGGAGGAAGCUGCCACAAUACAGAUGGGGCGUUUGAAUGCACGUGUCCGCUUGGAUUUCAGCUUAUACAUGGACGAAGAUGUCAAGACAUUAACGAGUGUGAGAAUACCGAACUGUGCUCACCCAAUGGGGAAUGUCUCAACACACCUGGUUCUUUCCAUUGUAUCUGUGAACAAGGCUUUAUACCAUCAGCCAAUGGGAGCACAUGUGAAGACGUUGAUGAAUGUGCUAACAUCAGUCAGUGUGGCAGCCAAGGCUUUUGUGAAAAUGCAGAUGGCUCCUACCGCUGCCUCUGUUACCAGGGGUACCAAGAUUCAUUGGAUGGGCAAGGGUGUGUGGAUGUGAAUGAAUGUGAAAUGCUAAGUGGAGUUUGCGGUGAGGCCCGCUGUGAAAAUGUGGAAGGAGCAUUCCUCUGCCUGUGUUCCGAUGACGAGACUCAGGAAUACGACCCAAUGACAGGCCAAUGCCGUUUCCGCGACAUGCCUGAUGUACAGUAUGAUGAUGAGAAGAAAGAAUGCUACUACAACCUUAAUGAUGUCAAUUUCUGUGGCAAUGUCCUGACUGUUAAUGUAACUAAGCAAGAAUGCUGCUGCACCUUAGGAGCUGGAUGGGGUGAUAACUGCGAGAUAUUUCCAUGUCCUGUCUUAGACUCCGAUGAAUAUGCAGAAAUGUGCCCUAAAGGAAAAGGUUACAUUCCUUCACAGGACACCCUGUACGACGGCGCUGGACUGACCUAUCAAGAUGCUGAUGAAUGCAUGUUGUUUGGAAAAGAAAUAUGUAAGAAUGGAUUCUGCCUUAACACGGAGUCUAGUUAUGAAUGUUACUGCAAACAAGGCACAUACUACGAUGCUGUGAAAUUUCAGUGUUUAGAUAAUGAUGAAUGCCAGGACCCGAACAGUUGUAUUAAUGGAGAGUGUAUCAACACAGAGGGCUCUUACAGCUGUUUCUGCACACGGCCUAUGGUUUUAGAUGCAACAGGAAAGAGAUGCAUACGACCAUUGGAUGCAGUUGAACCCACAGAAGAAACAGAUGUUUUCCAAGACCUGUGCUGGCAAGACUUAAGUGAAGACUUUGUGUGCAGUAGGCCUUUGGUUGGAAAACAGACAACUUAUACAGAAUGCUGCUGUUUGUAUGGCGAGGCCUGGGGAAUGCAAUGUGCCCUCUGCCCAAUGAAAGACUCAGAGGACUACGCUCAGCUUUGCAACAUUCCAGUUAGAUAUAGACAACCUUACGGAGAAGAUGCUCUUGACUUUUCUGAGGACUAUCCUUCACCCGAUCCAUAUAGUCUUCAGGAACGUGUUGGAGGAAGAAAGUAUGAAGAGCUGCAGGCUGAGGAGUGCGGCAUUUUAAACGGAUGCGAAAACGGAAGAUGUGUGCGAGUACAAGAAGGGUACACCUGUGAUUGCUUUGAUGGAUUUCACCUGGAUAUGAUGAAAAUGACUUGUGUUGAUGUCAACGAAUGCAACGAGUUGAACAGCAGAAUGUCUCUCUGCAAGAAUGCCAAGUGUAUCAACACAGAAGGGUCAUACAAAUGUGUCUGCCUGCCAGGCUACGUACCAUCAGAUAAGCCAAACUACUGCACAGCACUGAACUCAGACAAAGACCAAAGUGAAUUGGAAUAAACGGACGCUUAACCAAUUUCAAAGCCCAUAUACCCUGCACUGUAUAAAGUAAACGAGACGUGUGAGUUACUUCAGAUGGAUCAGAACCCGAAGUAAUGGAAUUAUGGGAAAUAGCAUUAACGCUAGCAUCUGGAAGCAGAACUUGAUAGUUGAGCUACUCUACAUCAUUUUCAAUAAAAUACAGACCAAAUGGACACAUUUUCCGUACGGAAGAAACCACCCAAGUAUAUAUAGUCUGAUAUUACCUAAAUUUGUUGGAAAAAGCAUUGAUGUUAUCGUAAACUGAUUAUUAUUAUUAUUUUGUACCUAUCGCUUAAUUAACUUGGCAUUUAAAUAUCGGCGGGAGCAUUUUUAUAACACUUUUUGACGAUGCAGCACGUUGGAUACCUUGUAAUUCAAGAUAAGAGCAAAUUGCAUUUUUUUUUGGUGCAAAAUUUUGUAGGGCAAUUUCUUAAGAACUCUUUCACAUGGUUAUUCUAUUCUUUUAAAUAUUUUUUCAGUGACUUAUAAACUUUUGUUUGCCCUGUGGAGCAGACCUCCCCUUUCUCCAACUUUUUUGUAUGUCUUGGCUGGAAAACUGUUUUGAAAUUUUUUUUAUUAUUAUUAUUAUUAUAUAUUUUUUACUCUGUCUUUGCCUUUUACUGCACUUAAACUCUUUGUAACAUUUCUUGUCAAGUUUCAAAGCUGCUAGAGAGCCUUUGCAUCCCUUCAUGUACAUUAAAUGAGACACAUUUCCCUGUCCACAUAUUAAUGUGUAAAUUGAACAUGAAACAAAAAAUUAUUUUUGAAUUUCGUAACAAUUUAAAGCUGUAUAUUAAACCUCCAAAAUAAAAGAACAUUUUAUUAUUA